UCACGGCUCAUUACGACCUUGGUAUUGUUGUGAAGUUUAUGGUGUGUGAAUUUUCGCUGGAAAAAUUGCAUCAUAUUUAAGGAAAUUUCGUGGGGCUUUCGCAGAAUUUACUGAUUGAUUCCGUGCUGUGAAAUGUUUCCAAUGCGCCUCAAGAUAGGCCCAUCGAGGAACAAUGAGUGGAGGUGUUGCUUCUGCUUGCAUGUCCGUACAGCGACAACCCUGCUGGGAAUAUGGCACUUGAUUCUGCAUGUGUUGGCGCUGGCCGUUUUGGCUUUGAUGAUGAGGAACCAUCACUACCAUCUGGAGAAGGCUGUGUCGGAAGAUGUGGAUCCAGGUAAUUUAUUGCCCACUCCAUUGAGCAAGAUUAAGGAUGAAGAUAAUCCGUAUUACUUGCCAACAACUCAAGACGGACACCCCAUUCACACAUCCGAGGUGGACAUGGGUGCUUUGACGACUGUUUGCACUCUCGCAAUAACGCUGCUCCUCGUCUACGGGACUACAAAGGGAAAGGGCUCGCAUCUGUUGCCGUUCUUCUGUUUCCAGCUGUUUGAUUUCGUCAUUACAGCUUUAUCGGUGACCGGUUACUUCUGCUACUUAAGGUCUGUUCACUUCUUCGUGAACGAACACUGGCAGAGCUUGCCCUACCGCAGACAACUGCUCCAGCUGAGUCCCCAUUACCUCUCUCUGAUCGUCGUCGCCGCCUUCUUCGUGACCAUGCUCUGGAAGGCCUACUGCAUCAGCAUCGUGUGGCGUUGCUACAAGUACCUGACCUACUACCAGCAGACCACCAGGAGCACCGUGCAUUACAUCAUGCCCGUGGAUAGAGUUGAGCGCGUCCCGGAGCCGGACUACUCGUCCCUUUUGCCCGAUUACGAUGCGGCUUGCGCCAGCGCCAUGAAGCAGCCGCCACCGCCUUCGUACCAGGCCGCCAUGGAAGCAGGAACUUUCCCCGAGUGCGGCAUUCACGUCAUCAACGUUCCAUCUCCGACCGUCGAAGAAGAUGCCCAACAGCAGCAGCAGCCGCAGAGCACCGUAGCUAGCUGCACUUGCGAGGUCGCCUACCCCGAACCGAUCCCCAUCGAAGCCGAGCAAGAACAAGCCGCGACCAUCGAGGGAAUCACCGUCACCACUCCGAUGCCGAACACCGCUGCUGCUGCCGCCGAGGAGUCCAGGGAAGAGAUAGAAGUCGUCGUGAAGGAGAUCGUCGAGGAGGCCGCGGCUAAAGCCGAGAGCGCCGGACGGAAGGAGUAAGAAGGCGAUCAUCGAAUCCGCAACCCCUCUUCUAUAUAUUUUCUUUAAUCGAUAAUUUUAUGCCGCAUAUUAUUAUUAUUUUUUCCGUAAGUUAUUUAUUUGUGGAGAGGCACAAAGCAAAGCAAGUCUAUUAAUUACUAUUAUUAUCGAUCGAUCGAGUUCUUGUACAAAAUAUGUUUUGCGCGCGAAGCGGAGGAAAUCCAAGCAGAUUAAUUCACCUCUUCGCAUCAGCUUUUUUUGCAAUUACAAACUUAAUUUUAUCCACUACCCGAUAAGUUUCAAACAUGCGUGCCCUUAGUUAAUCUAUUCCAAGUAUUUUGUUUAACACUUAAGUUUACUUUAAAACUUGGUCGCGAGGUUGAGAACGAGAGAAAGAAAAAGAGAGUUGGCGUUGAACGCGCCAAAUAUUAAUAAUUAUUUCGAUGUGAUGGAUGAAUUCCUCAAAACAUUCUCAAAUUUUAUUUAUAUAUUAUUAUUUUUUUUUUUAAUACGAAUUUAUUUUUAUUUUAUGUACGGAAAUUGAUGGUUUUAAUUUGGAAUUAUUUGUAUGCAAGGUCUGUGGCGGAUAUAUCAUACUAUAUAUAUAGUACCUACAUAUAUAUUAAAUAAUUCAUUUAUUGUUUAUUUUUAUUUUAACUUCUUCCUUUUUAUUGAUUUCUUUUCUUGUUUUAGUGAUGUAAUCUGGAUAGCAUAAAUGAGCAGCAAAUGUAGAUGAUGGUCGAAGAAGAUGAAGAUGUUUUAGGUGCACGGAAUUCUCUCUAUAGCACAAGAAUUAGUCAAGAAUCAUGAAAACGAAUAUUUCGAGCCAAAAAAAUACAAAAAAAAUAUAUAUAUAUAUAUAAGAUAAAUUAUAUUAUAUACUUAACUGGAAGUGGUCGAGGAGAAGAGAUAACACUAAUAUUUAGAUACAUUACAUAUUAAGAAAAAAAUAUAAUUGAAUGUUAUUACGUUUACACUUGAUUGUGUAUGAAUCGAUAGAAGAGAACUAAAGAUUAUUGCUGAAACACAUUGAUCGAAUCGAAUGGCGAUGCGAACUAUUAUGCACUUACUAUUCGCUCUAUAUGGUAAAUAAUUUUUAUGAAAUCGCAUGUUAAAUUAAUUGAAGAUGCGCACGAGAUUGUUCGCUUCCGAAUGCUCCGAUUUGUGUAAAGCUAAAACUGCGUCACGACUGUGUGGAGUCGAGUUGCAGUUUUUCUUUGUUAACUCGCGAUGAAUCCGACGUUCGUUUCCCCCCCAUGAAUUAAACGGCAAUUCGAGCCGGGAACGUUGGAUUCAAACUGCGUUUGUUUCAAUUUGGUAGACGCGAUUAAAACACUUUGCAUCCAAAGAAAUUUGGAUUCGAACUGUUUUCUUCAUCGGGCGUUGGAAAAUCUGUUCAUUCUGUGCGCGUUUGUAUCGUUAGAGAGAGAGAGGAUGAAGUUAAGUGUGCAACCAAAGAGAGUAGGAAAAAAAAAAGAAGGAAAAUGCUGUAAUGAAAUCUCGUCAUAUCACCCCAAACUCGGCAAUAACGAUGGAAACUACAGGGUAUAUAAAAUGAUCUUUUUUCGAGUCGUGUUCGAGAGUCGAGCGCGACCUUUAACUUGUUGUUAAUAUGAUGAUGAUGAUGAUUAAGUAAGAGAAUGUUGAUCGAGCGAUGAUUUCGGAUUUCGUUCACUUGACAAGUAUAGUUUCGUUGAACUGAUGAUGAUGAUGGAUAUAUUUUUUUAGAUUGAAUUGGAUGAUGAUGAUAAAGUAUAGUUUCUGCGCAGAUUCACAAUGUCGUGCUGAAUCGUGUGAUUUGACGAUUUUUGCAAAUUGAGUAAAGAUUGAAGGAGAACAAAUCUUUGGUGCCGAUUUAUAUUUGUAAUUUAAUAAUAAUAAUAGAGUAAUUCCAACAAAAAAAAAAUAUAUGUACUUAGGAAAUUUUUUGCAUGCGUCUAAACUACUAUUACUACUACUAAACUAUUACUAAUUACUACUUAAGUCGGUGUAAUUAAUUAAGUUUAAUAUCAUCACCCAAUAUUAUUAACGUGGAGGAAUUGCUGUGAUCCAGCAAGCGUCGUUACUAAUCCAGAAGAAGAAGCAGUGAUUAUACAGAGAAAAAGUCCCGUUUCUAGUGUACACAUCCCACAUAUUAUAUAUAUUUUACAUAUACAAGACAUAAAAACAAAGAAAUUAUUAACGAAAUACUCUAUUUUCUGAUAGCGUUUUUUAAAUAUCGUUUUCGCUUAGGACAAUGUUUCCUCUACUUUCCACGUCAUUCCGUUUUUCUUCCGUUCGGUUUUCUUUUUUCUCCAUUGUUACACGAUUAAACUAAAUUAUUAUUAUUAUUGUCAUGUCUUGACUUGUUCUGAUUGGAGGUCGGAUCAGAAAGGUCAAUCUUCCAAUGAGAAAGAUUAUGUGAAAAGGAGGAGGAGCUACCUGAUGAUGGUCCGCCCUUCAAGAGAACAAAACAAAAGUCCGACAUUUUACUAUAUCCUAAAACUAAAUAUAUAUAUAUACAUAUAAGAAAAUUAUAUAUUGUAUAAUCAUGUGUAUUUAUGCUGAGUAUUGAAAUAAAGGAUAUCUGUUGAGCAUUGAAAAAGCACA